AUGACCGGUGGCGAUUUGGAAAGCUCCAAAACCAAUGGAGAAGCCAUCGACACCAAUUCUCCAUACUAUCUGCAUCCUUCCGACUAUCCAAAACAACUCCACGUAAACGAAUGUCUUACCGAUAACAACUUCAAUGAUUGGAGCCAAGAGAUGACCAAUUUUCUUUUUGCCAAGAACAAGAUUGGUUUUGUUGAUGGGUCCCUUAUUAAACCCAACAAAACCGAUCACAGAUACAUGUACUGGAUGCGGUGUGACGCCAUGAUUAAGGGAUGGCUAACCACUGCUAUGGAGAAAGAGAUACGAAACAGCGUAAAAUACGCAAAUACAGCACUUGAAAUCUGGAAUGAUUUGCAUGAGAGAUUUGGAAAAGAAAGUGCUCCAAGAGCAUACGAACUAAAACGAUCAGUCACGCAGACUCGUCAAGAAGGUACGUCUGUUUCAGCAUAUWUUACCAGAUUAAGAAGCAUAUGGGAUGAAAUUGAUUYGGUUCUACCGACGCCACGGUGUGAAUGUGGUGGAUGUAAAUGUAAUGUCGGAAAAAGAAUCACGGAACUCAAAGAAAAAGAAAGACUCUAYGAGUUUUUGAUGGGACUUGAUACCGAGUUCUCUGUCAUGAGAACCCAAUUACUUGCCACGAAACCAACACCUAGCCUUGGAACAACGUAUCACCUGGUAGCCGAGGAUGAGCAGCAGCGGAAUAUAGCUACUGGAAAGAAAGCGCCACCUACUUCUGAUGCGGCAGCGUUCCAAGCACAGCAAGUGGGUCGUGACAAUCAAAACCAUAAGAAGACUUGGCAAAAGACCGACAAGGUAGGCGCUAGCAAUAAAACGGGACACUGCACUUUUUGUGGUAGAGAUGGGCAUGUUCGAGAUGGGUGUUUCAAGCUCGUUGGUUACCGGAUUGGUGGCCGAGAAAGGGAAAGAAAGAAGCAAACAAGCCGAAAGCAGCUUUGGCUGAAGCUAACACCAACAAAAUACCAGGGCUAA